AUUAAUUUAAUACUCCUAAUGGAGCCGUGGCACGACUUUAGUGGAAAAAUAGUGAUGGUGACCCGUGCGUCAUCAAAAAUCGGGCUAGAGUUCUGUCUCGACUUGGCCAAUGCCGAUUGUAGCAUCAUUGCUGCUGCUCGUCGUGUUGACAGACUGAAAUCUCUAUGCGAUGAGAUUAAUUCAAAAGGCCACGGACGUGCAUUUGCCCUCAAACUUGACGUUGCUGCUGAUGGUGCUACAAUUGAGUCCGCUGUACAAAUAGCUUGGGAUGCCUUUGGGCAUAUCGAUGUCUUGAUUAACAACGCUGGCAUUAGAGGUAGUGUGAGCUCUUCAUUGGAAUUAACGGAGGAAGAGUGGGAGCAUACUUUAAACACAAAUCUAAAAGGGGCAUGGUUGGUGUCAAAAUGUGUUUGUAGACGAAUGUGCAAUGCUAAACAGGGCGGAAAAUCUGUUAUUAAUAUCUCUUCAGCUGCAGCAUUGAAUCGGGUAGUAUACAAAGGGAGUCUUGCUUACGCUUCUUCAAAGAUGGCUCUUGACAUGGUCACUAAGAUAAUGGCUAUUGAGUUGGGAGUAGAUAAGAUCAGAGUAAACUCAAUAUCUCCAGGAUUUUUCAAGUCUGAGAUAACAGAGGGGCUUUUUAAACUCAAAGGGCUCCCUAAGUUCCUUUUGAAGACUGUUCCUCUGAGAUUUAUUGGAACGACAGAUCUGGGUUUAACAUCACUGGUUCGAUACCUAAUCCAUGAUUCUUCCAAAUAUGUAACGGGAAAUGUUUUCAUUGUCGAUGGUGGAUCAACCGUAGUAGGUGUUCCCAUCUUCUCAUCCUUGUAGAAUUUGAACAAGGCAUCAAGUUCAAAUUAUAGAUUCACACCUACUAUUUAUUGUAAUUUUAAUGAAUUUAAUCAUAUAAAUUUAUG